AUGGCCAAUAAUCUUGCAAAUCAACAAUCUCACCACCAUCUCAAUCACGAAAAUGAUAAUUGGAAAAAAAAUCUACGGUUACCACCAAAAGAUAACCGACCACAAACAGAGGAUGUAACCAACACAAAGGGUAAUGAAUUCGAGGACUAUUUUCUUAAACGCGAGCUUUUAAUGGGUAUAUUUGAAGCUGGAUUUGAACGCCCGUCACCCAUUCAGGAGGAAUCGAUACCCAUCGCCCUAACCGGUCGUGAUAUUCUCGCAAGGGCCAAAAAUGGUACAGGAAAAACGGCGGCUUUUGUUAUUCCUGCCUUAGAGAAAAUUAAUGUUAAAAAACAGAAAAUUCAGGCACUAUUGCUCGUCCCAACUAGAGAAUUAGCCUUGCAAACAUCGCAA